CCACUCUCCAACAUGGGGAAGAAAGCUGCUCCCCUCGAGGGGCACGUUAGCGGACAGGCAAACAAGCCCAUGUCCAAACCGGCACACAGUCUCACCCUCCAAGAAGUCGUCAGCGAGCUGCGAACCGAGGAAUGGUCUGGACUCGACGAUGCCGAGGCCAAGCGCCGCGUUGAUGAAUAUGGCGCCAAUGAGCUUGGAGAAGCCGAGAGCGUCUCCCCCAUCAAAAUUCUCAUUGCCCAGAUUGCCAAUGCCAUGACCCUGGUCCUCAUCAUGGCCAUGGCCGUCAGUUUCGGCAUCAAAUCCUGGAUCGAGGGUGGCGUCGUCGCUUUCGUCAUUGGCCUCAACAUUGUCGUCGGCUUCUUCCAAGAAUGGUCGGCUGAAAAGACCAUGGACUCGCUACGCUCUCUUAGCUCGCCCACUGCCCGCCUUAUUCGCAACGGCCAGCAAAUCACCGUUCCCUCGGCUGAGGUCGUUCCAGGUGACGUCAUCGAGGUCAAGGUCGGAGACACCAUCCCGGCCGACAUGCGCGUUUUUGACGCCGUCAACUUUGAAACCGAUGAAGCCUUGCUGACGGGAGAGUCGCUGCCUGUCCGCAAGCAAGAGGAUGCUGUUUUCGACGAGAAGACUGGUCCCGGUGACCGUCUCAAUGUUGCCUACAGCUCUUCUAGUGUCACAAAGGGCCGCGCCAAGGGCAUCGUCUUCGCUACCGGUGCCUACACGGAAAUCGGCGCCAUUGCUGCGCAGCUGCGUGAGACCCAGUCCAAGGUCCGACCUGUCAAGCGCAAGCCCAACGGAAAGGCCAAGCCCCACCGUUACCUCGAGGCUUACACACUCACCACCACGGAUGCCAUUGGUCGUUUCCUGGGACUCAAUGUUGGAACUCCUCUCCAGAAGAAACUCUCCAAGCUUGCGGUUUUGCUCUUCUUCAUUGCCGUCAUCUGCGCCAUCAUUGUCCUCGCCUCGAACAACUUCAGCAAUCGCCAGGAGGUCAUCAUCUAUGCCGUCGCUACCGGUUUGUCCAUGAUUCCGGCCAGUUUGGUCGUAGUGCUCACCAUCACCAUGGCUGCCGGCACCAAGUCCAUGGUCAAGCGCCACGUCAUUGUCCGAAACCUCAAGUCUCUCGAGGCUCUUGGUGGUGUUACCGACAUUUGCUCUGACAAGACGGGAACGCUCACCCAGGGUAAGAUGAUUGCCCGUGGUGCUUGGAUCCCAGGUAUUGGAACAUAUACCAUCGAAGACUCCACCGCACCCCAGGACCCCACUGCCGGUAACGUUCGUUUCGGCAGUGCUGCGCCUUCCAAGAUGGAUCUCAAGGCUGGUGGCAGCGCUUGCGGUGAGCUCAUCUCCGUUGACAAGCUCACGAGCCACAACCACUCCGGUUUCGGUGAAUUCCUCAAGGUUGCGUCUUUGGCCAACUUGGCUGCUGUCAAGCAAAAGGACGAUGGAGCCUGGGAGGCCCAUGGUGACCCGACUGAAAUCGCCAUCCAGGUCUUCGCUUCUCGUUUCGGCAUGAACCGUCUGGGUCUCACCAAGGGCGACUCUCCUCAGUGGGAGGAUCUCGUUGAGCUGCCUUUCGACUCCGAUGUCAAGCGCAUGUCCGUCAUUAUGAAGCACUCCACUGGCAACUAUUCCUUCACCAAGGGUGCCGUCGAGCGUGUCAUCCAGAGCUGUACCACCUAUCUCGCUGAUGGCAAGGAGCAGUCCCAGCCCGUUACCGACGAAUUCCGCGACGAAAUCCUGUCCCACAUGCAAGCUCUUGCCGGUCUUGGUCUCCGUGUAUUGGCGCUCGCGAGCAAGCGUUACCCUCACGAAGUUGAAAAAGGUGCUGAGGUCGAGCGCACUACUGUCGAAUCUGAGCUGGUCUUCCGUGGUCUCAUUGGUCUUUACGACCCUCCUCGUCCCGAAUCCGCCGUCGCUGUCCGCCAAUGUCACGAAGCUGGUAUUGAGGUCCACAUGUUGACUGGUGACCACCCCGAAACCGCAAAGGCCAUUGCCAUUGAAGUUGGUAUCCUGCCCUCUCCCGACCGCUACAAGAAGAUCUCGGCCGACGUUGCCAAAACACUUGUCAUGACGGCUGCCGAAUUCGACGAGCUUACCGAUGAACAAGUCGACCAGCUUUCAGUAUUGCCUCUAGUCGUCGCUCGUUGCGCUCCUAGCACCAAGGUCCGCAUGAUUGAGGCUCUUCACCGUCGCGACCGCUUCUGCGCCAUGACUGGUGACGGUGUCAACGACUCUCCCUCGCUCAAGCGCGCCGAUGUCGGUAUUGCCAUGGGUCAAGCUGGUUCCGAUGUCGCCAAGGAAGCCUCCGACAUUGUCCUUACCGACGACAACUUUGCAUCCAUUCUCGCCGCUAUUGAAGAGGGUCGCCGUAUCUUUGACAACAUCCAGAAGUUCGUGCUCCACGUCUUGGCUGAGAACGUCGCUCAAGCUGGUACUCUUCUCGUCGGUCUUGCCUUCAAGGACAACACUGGCCUGUCCGUGUUCCCUCUUGCCCCUGUCCAGGUUGUCUGGAUUAUCAUGGCUACUUCUGGUCUGCCUGAUAUGGGUUUGGGUUUCGAGCGCGCCGUUCCCGACAUUCUGCAGCGCCCUCCUCAGUCUCUCAAGACGGGUAUCUUCACCAUGGAGUUCCUUGUCGACAUGGUCGUUUACGGUCUCUGGAUCACGCUUCUCUGUCUUGCCAGUUUCGUCUUGGUUGUCUUUGGGUUCGGUGACGGUGAGCUUGGUUCUGGUUGCAACGACACGUACUCUGAGCAGUGCGAGCUUGUUUUCCGCGCCCGUGCCUGCACGUUCGCUUGUCUGACUUGGUUCGCUCUCUUCCUUGCCUGGGAGAUGAUUGAUAUGCGCCGCUCUUUCUUCCGCAUGCAGCCUGGCAGCAAGCGUUACUUUACCCAGUGGAUGCUUGAUGUCUGGAGGAACCAGUUCUUGUUCUGGGCCAUUAUCGUGGGCUUUGUUCUGCUCUUCCCGCUCAUCUACAUUCCCGUCCUCAACACGGUCGUUUUCAAGCACGCACCCAUUUCUUGGGAGUGGGGUAUCGUGUUCGUUGAGACAGGCAUCUUCUUUGCCGGUAUCGAGUUCUGGAAGUGGUGCAAGCGCGUCUACUACCGCCGCAAGGCAGCCAAGGCCGGAACCGGAAAGGUCGACAAGAACAUGGAGAUUGAGGACCGCGUCUUUGGUCGCUACUACAGCCGUGACUCCUCUGGCACGGGCGGCGACCUGGAUGAGAAGGCUUAAUAGUACCUCAUUAUGAGGAAAGAGGAGACUGCGACGGAGAGGGAGAGAGAGAGGGUUGAGAUCAGGGACUUGGCAAGCACACUAGUAGUGUUGCUCUCUGGUUCGCUGUCCAACGCGGACAUGACGCUGGAACAAAAAGUUAGUAUAUAGAAUGAUUAGAAUGAUAUGAACCAAUGAAAUGUUCUUU